AUGGGCUCUGUGGCGCGCACGAGCCAAGGGUGGUAUCACCUGGCGGGCUUCUUCACGAGAGUUACGGAGCAGGGCUGGUCGAUGGACCUGACUGACAAACAGCUGCCUACAAGCAAACUCAUCAAGUGACGGACGGGAUGGAGCGACUCAUCCAAACACUCGAGCACACACAGCAUGCAUUCGUUGUCCUUGUCGAUGCGCAUCUGUAGGUUCCUGGCGGAAGACACGCCGGUACUUCAGGCGGUCUCGAGGGCCGCAUCUGUGCUUGUUCAACGAUGCGGCGAAGGGCAGAGCGAUAGUGCACUGAGGAGCACUCUCGAGAGGACGGCCUCUGUCACACGGGAUCUGUACAGGCGGCAGGAGAGCCUCCUGCAUGAGCUCGAGCCACCAACACAGUCAGCACAAGACGCCAGCAGCGGUACGUACCGUGACAAGCAAUGCACUGCACAUGGGCCCCCAUAUCUGUGAAUGUGGUCUGCUGGUUGGCUGCAGAUUUGCCGCCCGAGAGCGCGUCGAAGACCACGCACCACUUCUGUGACUUCCUGUUGGCCACGUGCGGCACGAGGGGCGUCAUGCUGGGCGUGGCCGCCAUCGUCAGCUUCCUGUGGUACGUACGGUACGCUAGUGCAGCCAGCGGUUGGGGUGCGGACACUCGAUUUGAUUAUGUGGUGCGUCGGUGCGCUCACUCGCUGCAGGUUUCGGUUCGAUUGGUGUCGGGAGAUGGCCAUUGCUGCGCGGCACGCGCAGGCGGCCGAUGCCCACCAGGACGCCGCAUUAGCAGCUGCAUCCGACCACUGCAGGUGACUGACAUUCGCACUGCUGGAUGCUCCACAAACCACCUGUGGGUGCACCCACCUAUUGUCGUGUGUGGUGUGUGGCUUGUCGUCAUGCAUUGCAGCCGUUGGUGUACAAUCUACUCCGACAACCAUGACUUGGCCCGGUGCGUUGAGGGUCUCAAAGAGCGCCUCAACGCCUAUUUUGUGCAUGAGCGGCCGCCAGGCGGCUCAUGUGGUGCGGCGGAGGGCGACGUGAUGCGUGUGUUCAGAGAGGUGGGGCGGCUCAACUAUGAGCUGCUCGAGAGCGUGGAGCCAUCCCCCGUGUCCAAUGACGCCAUCAACGACAUCCGCAAUUUCUCUGUGCAGUGAGAGAGACGUUUGUCUGUCUGUCUGUCUCUCCAUGCAUUGCAUGAUCGAGGGAAUGUGUGCUGACUGACUGAGACAGACAG